CUUCCCACGCCACCCUUUUGUUGGGAGAGCCCAAGGAUGGCGCAAUCGCAGGAGAAGCUCACGCUUCUGGCCCCGUGUUGAUCCCUCCAGCCUGUAGGUGGUGGUGGCGGCGGCGGCGGCGGCCAGCGAGGCCUGUGUGCUCACUGCUUCCUCUCUUCGUCGGAGGUUCCUUGGCAAGAAGAAGUAGGAGAGAGUCGGCCUUCCCCCUGCUGCUUGCUUGUUAAGACCACCGAGCAGGGUGGGAGGAACCCAGGCGCCCGAAGCUUCCCUGCCCUGAGAGUGCCGCCAUGUCGGACGGCGAGAAACUCAAUUUGGAUUCCAUCAUCGGGCGCCUCCUGGAAGUGCAAGGCUCACGUCCUGGCAAGAAUGUGCAGCUGACAGAAAACGAGAUUCGGGGCCUCUGCCUGAAGUCGCGGGAAAUCUUCCUGAGCCAGCCCAUCUUAUUGGAGCUGGAAGCCCCCCUGAAGAUUUGUGGUGACAUUCAUGGGCAGUACUAUGACCUGCUACGACUCUUUGAAUAUGGGGGCUUUCCCCCAGAGAGCAACUACCUCUUCCUGGGUGACUAUGUUGACCGAGGGAAGCAGUCACUGGAGACAAUCUGCCUGCUACUGGCCUAUAAGAUUAAGUAUCCUGAAAACUUCUUCCUGCUGCGUGGGAACCACGAGUGCGCAAGCAUCAACCGCAUCUAUGGCUUUUAUGAUGAAUGUAAGAGGAGGUAUAACAUCAAGCUAUGGAAGACCUUCACUGACUGCUUCAAUUGCCUGCCCAUUGCUGCCAUAGUUGAUGAGAAAAUCUUCUGCUGUCAUGGAGGACUCUCUCCUGACCUUCAGUCUAUGGAGCAGAUUCGGCGGAUCAUGAGGCCCACCGAUGUGCCUGACCAGGGUCUGCUCUGUGACCUGCUCUGGUCAGAUCCUGACAAAGAUGUUCAGGGCUGGGGCGAGAAUGACCGCGGCGUCUCCUUCACGUUUGGCUCAGAAGUUGUCGCCAAAUUCCUGCACAAACACGAUCUGGACUUGAUCUGCCGAGCUCACCAGGUGGUAGAAGAUGGCUAUGAAUUCUUUGCCAAACGGCAGCUGGUAACACUUUUUUCUGCCCCAAACUACUGUGGCGAGUUUGAUAAUGCAGGUGCAAUGAUGAGCGUUGACGAAACCCUUAUGUGCUCCUUCCAGAUCUUGAAACCAGCUGACAAGAACAAGGGCAAAUAUGGCCAGUUCAGUGGCCUGAAUCCUGGUGGACGCCCAAUCACUCCUCCGCGCAACUCGGCCAAAGCCAAGAAGUAACUAGCCCUGCCUGCCCCCCUAGCUGUAGGUGUGGGGCCCAGGCUGUCUUGCGUAGCGGUUACACUGUACAGCGGCUGCCUACCUCCCCAGGGCCCAGCCAUGUAAUUUUUUAAAAAUGUCUGAAUAAGAAUUCAAUACCAAAAAUUCUGCUCCCCUGGGAUGGGGAUGUCUUUAUUUUUGGGGGUAUUUUUGAUUGACUUUUUUGCCAACUUUGUCCUGAUAUGUGCUCCUCUUUCCCCCAGGGGGGUUCUACAUCUUUUUUGAAUAAACAUGUAAGAUUCUUA